AUGUCUGAUUACUACAGAGCUUCUUCUCUGUCACUGCAUCUGAUCUUCAGAUCAGCAGUCAAUUUCAUAUCUCUCUCAGAUCAGUCUCUGACUUCAAGCAGCACAGUUCUGCUUUUUGCUAUUCUAGCUGACAGUUCUUACAAAGCUUCUGAUAUUGUCAGUGUCUUCUUGAACACAAUGAUCAGUUCUCAAGACUCUGCUGUAACUGUGUACACUCUGAUAUUUAGCUUCUCUGAAGUCUGUGCAUUUCUGACAGUCUUCAUGUCAAAUGCAAUAAUUAUUCUUAGUGAAGACUGUGUUAUUCUAACUUAUCAGAAUUCACAGUAUAAAAGUCAUGUCUCAGCUUCUGCAGAUAUCUUAUCUGCUCAGAUAAUUCUCAAGUGA